AUGGAGACCUGUGUUUACAGUGCAAACAUUCAGCCUCUAGUGGCAGAAGUGAGAACUACACUGUGUGAGUUAGAGAGCAGAGUGUGCAGGCAGAAGGGACAAACACGAGUGGGCGGAGUCAUCGUGGUGACGCAGGUGAUUCCUCAGAGCGAACAGAACGCCGUACUUUUGGAGGCCCCGCCCCCUGAUGUCACACAGGCCCCGCCCUCUCCCCGAGAGAAGAUGGACAAGAUGGCUGCCGAGUUUCAUCGUGGUGAACCGCUGAUCAUGGGGGUCUUCCAGUUGGUCUUGGGUCUGGUCUUCGUGCUGUUCUCUCUCACGGCUGCGGUUCACAAAACACUCCUGAUGCACAUCCCAGCCAGCUCCUGUGUACUGUUCGUCUUCGCUGGUUUUGUGACUUUGAAAGCGGCAAAAACCACAACACCGUUUCAUGUGCGGCUGGCGGCUGGUUGGAGCGUGCUCAGUUCGCUCCUGUGUGUUGUGGGCGUGGCCUAUGUGAGCUGGCUGCUGUCGUGGCCCCGCCCCUCAGAGCGACUCUGCGAAGGACUGGACUACGACAAGUGUUUCCAGACGGGACUGUGGAUGCUGGACGUGCUGGUUCCUGCUCUGCUGAGCGGCUCGUCAGCGCCCCCUGGAGAGUGA